AUGAGUGGUCUCCGCAGAGUUCUCAGAAGGCGAUUACACCCCUUGAAACUGGUGAUUGUGGCCCUUAUCUUUGUCACAUUUCUCUUCCUUAUACAACGUGAGGUGGUAAGCCAAAGUCCCACACAAGAAGAGCCCUGGCUGAAGGAGAUGGCUGUCAAGCGGGAUGCUGUGCUGGGCAUGGUGAUGGGGGCCGUCAAUAACUUCAGGGACGCCAUGCCAAAGAUGCAGAUCAAAGCCCCAGUGCGUCAGCAGGAGACUGCAGGGGACUUCUCCUGUUUGUCAGGGACCUACACGGCUGCUGAGCUGAGGCCAGUCCUAGAGCGUCCACCUCAGGACCCCAAUGACCCCGGAGCCUCUGGGAAGCCCUUUCACACAGACAAACUGAGCCCUGCUGAACAGAAGGAGAAGGAUCGGGGAGAGGAGAAACACUGCUUUAACCUCUACGCCAGCGACCACAUCUCUCUCAGCCGUGACCUGGGCCCUGACACCAGACCACCAGAAUGUAUCGAGCAAACAUUCAAGCGUUGUCCCCCCUUGCUGACCACCAGCGUGAUCAUUGUGUUUCACAACGAAGGCUGGAGCACUCUGCUGAGGACGGUGUACAGCGUCCUUCACACCUCCCCUGCCAUCUUCCUCAAGGAGAUCAUCCUGGUGGACGAUGCCAGUGUGGACGAUGCAUUGAAGGAGGAGCUGGAUGAGUAUUUGAAGCGGCUACACAUUGUGCGCGUGGUACGUCAGCGGGAGAGAAAGGGCCUGAUCACUGCUCGGCUGCUGGGAGCCUCUGUGGCCACUGGAGACAUCCUCACCUUCCUUGACGCUCACUGUGAAUGCUUCAAUGGCUGGCUGGAGCCUCUACUGGCCAGGAUAGCAGAGAAUUACACUGCGGUAGUGAGUCCUGACAUCACAACCAUUGACCUCAACACCUUUGAGUUUAUGAAGCCCUCGCCAUACGGACAGAACCACAACCGUGGUAACUUUGACUGGGGCUUGUCCUUUGGCUGGGAGAGUCUACCGGACCACGAAAAACAACGGAGAAAGGAUGAGACAUAUCCUAUCAAGACACCGACUUUUGCUGGGGGACUCUUCUCUAUCUCCAAGGACUACUUCUAUCUUAUCGGAAGCUAUGAUGAACAAAUGGAAAUCUGGGGAGGGGAGAAUAUCGAAAUGUCUUUCAGAGUGUGGCAGUGUGGGGGUCAGCUAGAAAUAAUCCCUUGCUCCAUCGUGGGUCAUGUGUUCCGCACCAAGAGUCCGCACACCUUCCCCAAGGGCACCCAGGUGAUCGCACGCAACCAGGUGCGGCUGGCCGAGGUCUGGAUGGACGACUACAAGGAAAUCUUCUACCGACGCAACCAACAAGCUGCACAGCUGGCCAAAGACAGGGCCUUCGGAGACAUCGCGCAGCGCGUGGACCUCCGGGAGCGGCUGCAGUGCAAGAGCUUCUCCUGGUAUUUGAAGAACGUGUAUCCAGAGGUCUUCAUGCCCGAUCUCAACCCACUCCACUUUGGCUCGGUGAAGAAUGUAGGUAAAGACUCGUGUCUGGAUGCAGGGGAGAACAACGAAGGAGGGAAGCGGCUGAUCUUGUAUCCAUGCCACGGACUCGGAGGAAACCAGUAUUUUGAGUACUCAACCCAUCACGAGAUCCGGCACAAUAUUCAGAAGGAGCUGUGUUUGCAUGGGACGGAGGCAGCCGUGAAGCUGGAAGACUGCCAGUAUAAAGGCCGCAUCACAUUUGUAGGAGCAGAACAGAAGUGGGAGUUAAGGGAGAACCAGUUAUUCUUCAUCCCAGGAUGGAAUCUGUGUCUGAGUGCCCGUCAUGAGCACCCCUCCUUGGUUGCCUGUAACCCCUCAGACAGAUACCAACUGUGGCUCUUUGUCUGAGGACAUGACACACAUGGACCUCGGCACUAGUGAUGACGUGUGCCUGGGCAUUCUAGGACCAUUAGAACAAGUAGCAAUUGGCGUACAUUUUUAAAUGUAUUAUCAAAUUGAAUGUGUAUUUAUUUUUAUACGUAGAAGAACUGCUGCUGGAAAGUUGGGGAUUUUGAGGAGAAUAUGCAAUCUCGGGAAGAAAGCAUUCAAACUGAUACUGAAGACUUAAAAAGGAAUACACUUUUUUUUAUCAUGAUUCGGGUUAAGGGAUUAUUUUUCUUCUGCCAUUCAAGCCAACCGCUGAUUGUGGAUUGAUGGCACUACCUGGGACUGAAAUUAGUGACUUUGGAUGGGUACUUAAUGAAGAGAGAUUUCCACUAUUGUCUUUUUCUCUUUUGUUUCUGUCUUACUCCAGAGGGAAAUCAACGUUCCAAUUUAUUUUAUUUAAUUACAAAGGCUUGUUCUUUAUUGCCUACACUGAAUAAUUUAUUAAUACAGUAGAUAUGUGAAAACCAACAACAAAAUGGGAUCUCAAACAAUGGAAUAGUGCACGUGCCUUUUGCAUAAACAGAAUAAUUAAGAUUGUAUGCACCAAAGACUCGUCAAGGGUUACUUUUCUAUUAAAAUAAAUGUUUGUAUUAUAGGUUAUUCAAUAUCUACCACUACUGCCUCUUUUUGUUAUGCAAAGUAAUUAUAUCAGGAAGGUACUAGACAUGCAUUCUCCCUUACCACCGCUAGAGGGUCUGAUUCCCCUCUCACCCAGCUGGUUUUCCUCACAAGCCAAUUGAGAACGAUAUCAAUGCGCUGCCCAUACAGUGCCUCUGGUUAUCUUAUGUAUAUACUUUGAACAGCUAAUUUUUAUUAAAUGUACAUUUUCCAAAGUUGCAUUUUAACCAAGGGCUUGAGUUGUGUGGUACUGUUAUAUUUGGCAUCCCAAAUUCCUAAUAAUCUGGUAUUUGCAAGAUAAGUCAUCUUUUCUUUUGCUUUUCCGUAUUGCUUUGAC